AUGGACCGCCGAAUGCAAGAUAUGGAAUCGUCUUUGGGGAUCGGUUUGAAUGAUAAAGCGCGCAUGAUAGGGAUCAAGGGGAUGGGAGGCAUUGGAAAGACAACUUUAGCCAGAGCUAUUUUUGAUAAUGUAUCUUCCCAUUUUGAAGGUAGUAUCUUUGUUGAUGACCUAAGGGAAGUAUCAAAAAAGAGGGGCUUAGAGUCAUUGCAAGAACGAAUCCUUUCAGGUGUUCUAAAAGAUGAAAACAUGCGUGUGGGGAGUGUUCAUGAUGGGAAAGAAUUCAUGAAAAUGAGGUUACCCUAUAAAAAAGUUCUUCUUGUUCUAGACGAUGUGGAUGAUGAAGAGCAGCUUGAGGCGUUAGCUGGUGAUUGGUUUAAGGACGGAAGUAGAAUUAUCAUUACAACAAGAGACGAGAAAGUGCUGCUAGCACAUGGAGUAGAUACAAACUGGAUUCAUGAUGUCAGUUUCUUGUCGGAUGAGGAAGCAAUUAGCCUCUUUAGUAGGUAUGCAUUCAAGAGAUAUAUUCCAGAUCAAGGAUAUGAAGAGCUUUCAUUAGAAGUAGUACGUUAUGUUGCUGGUCUUCCCUUAACGGUUAAAGUUUUGGGUUCCCAUCUGCGUGGUGAAAAGAAGCUUGUAUGGAGUGAUGCACUAAAAAGACUUAAAACAAUUCCAUCACGGAAAACUCUAGAGGUAUUGGAAAUAAGCUAUAACAGCCUAGAGGAUGAUCACAAGGAAAUGUUCUUAGAUAUUGCAUGCUUCAUGAAUAAGUGUCCUAGAGUGUAUGCAGCUAGAAUCCUUGAUAGCUGUGGGUUUAGUGCCGCAUAUGGUUCAAGAAUUCUUGAGCAAAAAUCUCUCAUAACAAUUUCAAAUGAUAAAUUGAGCAGAUUGAGCAUGCAUGAUAGACUAAUAGAAUUGGGAUGGAAUAUUGUUCGGCGAUGGCACCCCCAUGAGCCGAACAAACAUAGCCGACUCUGGAUUCGCGAGGAAAUUGAAGAAUUAUUCACAGAUGAUGUGGGUGCUGAAGCAUCAACAUGUAUAGGACUACACCUGGUGCGGAAGGAACUGAGUCCUGAAAUUAUCAUCAAAAGCCUUGGAAACCUGAAGAAACUUAGAUUUCUUUGUCUUGGUGGGAAGGGCGAUGACUGUUUCCCUGGUGACUGGACGUUUGAUCAAACAAAACAGUACGUUCCGAAUUCGUUACAGUUUCUGGGUUGGAAUGGUUACCCUGGUUUGUCUUUACCCCAAACAUUUCGAGCAAAUAAUCUUGUUGGACUUGGAUUGCCUGGCAGCAGAAUCACACAACUUUGGGAAAGUGGAGAACGAAAGGUUCUUAAGAAGCUCAGGUUCCUCAACCUAAGUGAUUCGAAGGUGAGGACCCUUGACCUUGGGAUGACUCCGAAUCUUGAGAGGUUAAGUCUUAGAGAUUGUCAUGACUUGACACAAAUUCAUGUGCCCGCUGGAUGUCUAGAAAGGCUUGUUUUCGUAACUUUAAUUGGUUGCUCAUGGUCUGUAUCUUUUUCUUUGCUUAAAAAGUUGGAAUCACUUGUGCUUCUAAGUAUGCCUGAGUUAUCUGUGGCUGUGAAGCGCUUGGGGGAAUUCCCAAGGGACUCCACAAACAAUCUACCAAUGUUAAGAUUUGCAUUCCACUAUACUAAAGAAAAAACCGUGUCAUAUGGAAUUGAUUCUAAGGCUGUCGUAUUAGAUCUCCAGCCUUGCAAAAAACUUGAGUGUUUCAGGAAGCAUUUGUGGUUUACAACAUCUAAGAGAACUUACAUUCCAUGGUUGUAUUCCGGAGGUGCCCAAUGACCUUGACCAGUUGAAAUGCUUAGAACAGCUCACUUUGUACUCUACACACAUCAAAUGUCUUCCUGAUAGCCUUUGUAUGUUGAAACAUCUGAAAUCUCUCACACUUAAAGAUUGCGUAUAUCUUGAAGAGUUACCGGAGAAUCUUGGUUGGUUAAAAAAGUUAAGAGGGGCUGAGAUUGGUUUCUACAAGUAUUAGUCGUCUUCCAGAUAGCAUUUGCAUGCUGAUUCAUCUGAAAUCUCUAAUACUUGAAUCUUGUGGACUCCUUGAGAAGUUACCCGAGGAUAUUGGGCAAUUAGAAUGUUUAGAGGAGCUGAACCUGAAAAAAUGUGCAUCUUUAGGAGAUAUUCCAAACAGCAUCUGUAAGUUGAAAUAUUUGAAAUAUUUCCAUCUCCCCUUUUGUUUUCAAGUUGAGAAAUUGCCAGAGGAAUUUGGAAAUCUAAAGACUUUAAAAGUGCUAAAUAUAGCGAAUACAGGAAUAAGUCAUCUUCCACACAGCAUUUCUUCGAUGAAUGAUCUGAUUAUUUUCGGAUCCAUAUCACUUCUUCAGUCGUGUGCUUUUGCAACCGAGAUAAAGACCUCAGAAAAAUUUGGAGCCUUCUGCUACAUACAAGCCGUGAGUAGCACACCUGCACUCACAAAAGUAAGGAGCCAGUCCACAGAGAACUGUCUUUUGAGGUAUUUUCUUCCUUUUACCAUUUUCAAAUUUUUAUGAGC